UCGUCACUGCUCGGUCAGCUGACGAUCAGUCGACCUUCUCCACUGCGGGAGAUACAGGCAUCGAAACAGCAUCAUCCACUGUAAUUUAAAACAGAUCUUGGUAGAUCAUGGCGAGCCAGUCUCAGGGUAUCCAACAGUUAUUGCAGGCCGAGAAACGAGCCGCGGAAAAGGUCGCUGAAGCUCGUAAAAGGAAGAAUCGACGUCUGAAGCAGGCUAAAGAGGAGGCACAGGCUGAGAUUGAACAGUACCGUCUGCAGCGAGAGAAAGAGUUUAAGACUAAGGAGGCUGCGGCACUGGGAUCCCAUGGAAACUCUGCUGUAGAGGUGGAUAAGGAGACUGUGGAUAAGAUGAGCCACAUCCAGAAGAGUUAUCAACAAAACAGGGAGGCUGUGCUUGCCAACCUGCUGAAGAUGGUUUGCGACAUUAAGCCAGAGAUCCACGCCAAUUACCGUGUUGCUGGAUAAACACCCCUGUCCGACCAUCACAUCCAUUACAAUUCCUAAAGACCCACACAGCACUGAGACAAAGACUGCCCAUGGACAUAUCAUAUGUUACACUCCCCGCUGCUUAAAAAUGAUAAUCUAAUCCAAAUCUGGUUAACAACAAAAAUCAACUCACAUUUCCUACAGUGUCCAAAUAUAUACAUUGAAAUGUAAUUCCGGUUUAAUGGUAUAAAAUGCAGUUGAUAUCAUUUAAUGCAAGCUAGUUUGAGGAAUCCUUGUCUUGGUAUUCUACAUACAAAAUUAAGUAAUAUUUCAUUAUUGUUUGCGUAUAUAUCGUUGGUUGAUCCACUACAAGUCUUUGUCUCUGUUCUCUCAGUAAACAGUAGUGUUGUCCAGUUUAUCAAAGUGAGUAACUUUUUUGUCGUGAAUGAUACCUUUAAAUGUUGUGUGAGUGCCUGUAUCUUGAUGCUGUGUAGUUAAUUUAUGAGAAAUCAGAUGUUAUGGUUUUAUCUUAUUGAUGCAUAUAUUGAAUCCCCCCCAGUGGCUCUUUUGUGACAGCCUAUAAUUGACAUCACAACAUAGUAAAUGGCUUCAAUUUCUUCAUGCGUUCUUGUUCUGUAUAUGUAGACGACAUUCCUGCAUUUAAACCUGCUGUGAAAAUGUAAUAAAAGUCUUGGUGUAUAAAUGA